AAGCCAUUAGAAAAAGGAAGAGGAACCUCGGAACCGGAACGCUCUCGUAUCCCUCUUUCCCUUCAGAUUUCUCACCAAUUCGAGAGUGCUGUGAUUGUUGCCCGGAUUGAGGGUAGCAGAAAUGGGGUUGACCUUUACGAAGCUUUUCGGCAGACUUUUUUCUAAGAAGGAGAUGCGCAUUUUGAUGGUGGGUCUUGAUGCUGCUGGUAAAACCACGAUCUUGUAUAAGCUAAAGCUCGGAGAAAUCGUGACCACCAUCCCGACUAUCGGAUUUAAUGUGGAGACUGUAGAAUACAAGAACAUCAGCUUUACCGUUUGGGAUGUUGGUGGUCAGGACAAGAUCCGUCCACUUUGGAGGCAUUAUUUCCAGAAUACACAGGGCCUUAUUUUUGUUGUGGAUAGCAAUGAUAGGGACCGAGUUGUUGAGGCAAGAGAUGAGUUGCACAGGAUGUUGAAUGAGGAUGAGCUUAGAGAUGCCGUUUUGCUUGUAUUUGCUAACAAGCAAGAUCUUCCUAAUGCCAUGAAUGCUGCAGAAAUAACCGACAAGCUUGGUCUUCACUCUCUUCGCCAGCGCCACUGGUACAUACAGAGCACUUGUGCGACAUCUGGAGAGGGCCUGUACGAAGGCUUAGACUGGCUUUCCAACAACAUUGUUAGCAAGGCUUGAGGCGGUAAAUGAUUUGGGUGUUCAGGACUAUGUUCAGAGUUCUCACCAUUCUGGAAAGGAUAGUUUUGUUUUGUUUCAGCGAUUAUUUUAUUGCUAUCAAUUUAGGGGAAAAGGUUUGGGCUAUACUUAUACAUGUACUCCCGAUGCUUUAAGCUAUUCUUAGCUUUUAAAAGUGCAUUCUUUUCAUUUAAUACCAAGUUCAGUAUUUUUGGGACAUUUUCUAUGGCUAUGGUAUUACUUUCUUCUUCCCUUCACAAUUUGAUAUAUUGUAUUAUUUUAUGGAUUCUA